GUUCGGCAGCAGUUCGAACUGCUGAGGCAGGAGUUCGCGGCUCAAAUAGGCCAGGCCGCCGACGAGAUGAGGAGGCUGGAGAGCGAGAAUCAGCGUCUUCAGCAGCAGGUGGCAGGAGGCCUCGCGGCAAUCCCGCAGGCGAUCGAGCGGAUGGGCGAGCAGAUCCGGGGCGCGUCGAGUAUGGGCCCAGCCGCUCACGGUCUCGUCGACACGAAGGGGAUCGGCAAGCCCACGACGAUGGGCGACGAUCAAGAGAAGUUCGGCGCUUGGAAUCGCAAGAUGGAGAACUACGUGAUCGGCGUGUACGGAGAGAGUUUUCGUCCCGUUCUUCGGUGGGCUGCAGAAGCCGAACGCCCCGUGACGAUCGCGGGGGCUCAGGCGGCGCACGACGGAGUGCCAGAGCUGGAGACAAAGGUCAACCAGCUGUACGCGGCGCUGAUCAGCACGACGGCGGACGGGAGCGAGAGCAACGACCUCGUGACGGGCGCUCCCGAUGGGAACGGUCUCGAAGCCUGGCGGAAGCUCCACCGCAGGUGGGAUCCGACGACAGGUCCGAGGAAGAGGCUGAUCCUGAGGUCGAUCAUCUCGCCUCCGAAGUGCAGCGCGGACGAGCUGGGGUCCGCCUUAGAGAAGUGGAUCCAGCAGAUAGGCAGGUACGUACGCCGCCAAGGAGAAGAUGGUCUAGCCGAGCUGCCGGAGGAUAUCAAGAUGGCGGCUCUCGAGAUGCUCGUGCCUCAGGACAUCGAGAACCACCUCGUCCUCAACAAGCAUCGGCUCGAAACGUUCCAGGACAGUCUGAACGAGGUGAUGACGAUCGUGGAGGCUCGGACCGGCGUGAAGAUCAAGGAGCCAUCGAUCCGUGCGCGGGCGCAUCAUCCGGACGACAUGGACGUCGGGUCGUUCGGAGCCCCGAAGGGCAAAGGCAAAGGCAAGGGCAAGGACGGCAAGAGCAAAGGGAAAGGCAAGACUCAGGAGCCGAAGGGGAAGAGCAAAUCGACGAACGGAUCAUACUCAGGGCACACGGCACCUCGAUACACCAGCGGGCGCUUCGACGGCUACUGUCGGAACUGCGAGAGAUGGGGCCACAAGGCAUCCGACUGCUGGAAGAAAGAGCAGGGAUCGAGUUCGAGGGCUGGAACUGGAUCCGCAACGGGGGCAAGCGCUGGUGGUAAAGCCGGUAGCCGCGGCGGCAAGGCCGGCGGCAAGGCUGCAGGCAGCCUGGAGGAGGAGCCUGAAGCGGAGGUCGCCGCUCUGGACAUGGGCAGCCUGGACUGCCUGGAGCUCGCCAGCGGCAGCGGCCGCGGCGUAGCGGCGGUCGAUCUCUCUCCCUUCGCGCAGGACGACUGGAUGAAGUUCAACUGGGACAGCGGUGCAGCUAUCUCAGCAUUCCCUCGGAGCUUCGCGCCGCCGACGGGAAUGAAGGGCAACGGCAGCACGUAUCGUACGGCCAGUGGUGAGCUCGUCCCGGACGAGGGCAGCUUGCAGCUCAAGGCGGAGGACGAGUACGGAGUGCUACGAGCGCUCAAGGGACGCGUGACGAACGUGCACAAGCCGUUGAUCUCGGUGGGGCAGGCAGCAGGAGCUGGACAGUGUUCAUUCCUGGGCCGCAAUGGCGGCUGGAUAUUCCACGAGAAGAGCCCAAUCGGCAAGCGCGUGGUAGGCAUGCUCGAGAAGGAGGCGAAGGCGGCGAAGCACCAGAUGCUGCCGGUCUAUCGCGAGCAGGGCGUCUACAACUUCUACCUCAAGAAGGGCCAACAUGGCUCGGUUGCUCCUCUCGAGGAGGGACUUUCGGCGAAGUCGAAGUCCGAGCUGGUGGAGCUCCUCAGCGGCAAGUCGAAGGAGGAGCUGCUGGAGAUCCUCGAGAAGACAGACGACGAGACAGCGGUGCCGGUGGUCUCGUCCGACUACGCCUUCAUGGGCCAGGACGACGCGGACACCAUGCCGAUGCUGGUCCUUAGGGAUCGGCGCUCGAAGAUGAUGGCGGCGACAUUCGUGGAGAAGAAGGGCGACGACGCCUACGCCAUCAAGUUCUUCGCACGCUUCUUGCGGAUCCUGGGCUACAGGAAGAUCGUCAACAAGUCCGACGGCGAGCCAGCGAUCCUGCUGGUCAAGAGGCGUGCGGUGGAGGAGGUUCCUGGCCUCGAGGCCAUUCCCCAGGAGUCGGCACCGGCCGAUCAUCAGGCCAAUGGGGAGAUUGAGGUCGCGGUGCGCGAGAUCAAGAAGCAGGUGCGGGCGCUCAAGAUGGACCUGGAGUCCAAGCUGGGCGUCAAGGUGGAGGACAAGCACCCGGUGCUAGCGCACCUGCCGGAGCACGCCGCAUCGGUAAUCAACCGAUACCGGCGCGGCCAGGACGGCAAGACCGCUCUUCAGCGGCUCACGGGACGGCAGUGGAGGAAGCCGGUCCCGCUCUUCGGCGAACGCUUGAUGGCGCGGUUCGCCGGGGAACGCGUGAGGAAGAACGCGCUGGAGGAGCAGAUGGUGGAGGCUCGCUACAUCGGCCACCACCCGCGCGACGGCUCGAUGAUGGUCAUCACGAGCGACGGCGUGAAGAAGGCGGUCGGCUUCCGCAGCCUGCCGCAGAGCGAGAAGUGGAUCACGGCGGGCUGGGAUGGCCUGAAGGGCCUGCCGUGGGACGUGGCUCCGCGUGCGGCAAGCGCGCCGCGGGCCAUCGUCGGACCUGGAGAGGUCGGUCCGUCACCAAUUGUGGUGGUGUCGCCGCAGCCGCAGGCGCCGAGGAGGAUGUACGUCCUCAAGGCGGACGUCGAGCGGCUGGGCGCAACGCCGGGAUGCCCAGGGUGCGUCUCGAUCGCUAAGCACGGCCGGGUGCUGGCUGGCCACGCGCACAACGCGGUGUGCAGCAAGAGGAUCUUCGAAGCGCUGGACGCGGAGGAGGCAGGCCGGGAGAGGACCGGCCAGUAUCGAGAGCGGAGGCAGGGCCAAGAGGCCAGAGUUCGACCGGCGGCAUCGGCCGCGGCAGGGACCCCUCCGCCGAAGACGGCUCGGAGGAUCACCGAGCCGGUGGCAGCGGCGGCAGCGGCAUCGGCCGCGCCGGCCGCGACCCGCUCGGCAGCAGCGCCAGCCGUGGCAGCCACGGCGGCGCGCCGGCGAGAGAGCCAGCCGGUAGCACCGGGCUUCGGCGUGGCGGCUCCUUCAGGAGGAGCGAGCUCCAGUUCGGGAGCAGCGCGAGCGGCAGAGGCCGCCGCGGAUGUCGACAUGACCGCGGCUAGGUCGCGGCUGAAGCGCUCGGCAGAGGUGGCCCCGGAUGAUGUGCCGGAGGCCCUCGAGCGCGGUGAUCCACAGCCGGCAGACGUGCCGGUACCGGUGGACAUGGAGGAUCUCGCGGCGCAGCCGGCGCCGGCGGAAGGACCUCAGCUGCCAGCUGGAGUGGCAGUCGUGUGGAACGCCAGUGAGGGGAGGCACAUGCGGGUGCUCGCCCUCGAUGUGGCGUCGAUCGAGCUGGUUGAGCUCGGAGUGCUGACGAGAGCGAAGGCGGAGUUGCUCCCGCUCGUUCGCGAACAGGUCAGUGGCCAUUGGGCCAGCGCCGGCGUGGACAUCGCCGACGAGGAGGUGGACAGCAUCGCCCUAUCGGCGUUGCAGCUGGGCGCCGUGGACGUGGCCGAGGUGUACUCGCCACAUCGGUUCUCGGCUCGGGCAGCGGAAUUUCAGCUGCGCCCGGGCUUCGCGGCGGACCUGGAGGAACUCAAGGAGGACGGGACGCCGUGGGACUUGCGGCGCCCCGAAGAUGUCAAGGAGCUCGAGAAGCAGCAGGAGCGGAUGGAUCCCAUCCUGCUCACGGGGUCCCCUCCAUGCGAGAAGUUCAGCUUGCUGAGGGGCCUGAGUGCCAAGUUCAGGACCGAUGAGCAGGAGGCGGCUGAGAUGGAGGAGGCCAGACACCACCUGAAGGUGGCAGUCGACGCCUACUGGCGUCAGCUCAGGAAGCCAGGCAGGUACUUCUUGCAUGAGCAUCCCUGGAGCGCGCGAUCGUGGAAUGAGGACAUCGUCAAGGAGCUGGUCGCGCAUCCAGGAGUCUUCACGGUCAAAGGCCCCAUGUGUCGGUGGGGCAUGAAGCUCACGAACCCCCGCAAUGGCCAGGAGGAGUUCGUGCGCAAGGAGACCGGAUGGGUCACCAACCAUCCAGGCCUAGCCCGGAGGCUGCAGGGCACUUGCAGCAAUGUGGACGGCCGCGCGGAAUGGCAUCGCCACAUCACGCUCGUGGGCGGCAUCGCGCGGUUCGCGAAGGUCUAUCCACCGAAGUUGGUGGAGGCGGUGCUGGAGGAGCUCAAGGACACGCUGAAUGACGUGGGAGAGCUCAGCACCGCCCAGGUGCAGCAGUCGGGCCCAGUCCCUGUGGACGCGGCAGUGCCGCCCGGGGACUGGACGAGUUACUGGGACGACGUCAAUGGCGGCUACCUGGAGGCGGGCCUUGUGGCCCAGGCUCGCACGGUCGAGCGCGAGUGGGUCAAGAAGCAGGAGCUGAUCGAGAUCGUCCCGAGGAGCAGGCUCGUCGUGAAGGAGAUCAAGGCGAAGAAGCGCCCUGACGAGCAGCUGGAGGCGUCCGAGGUCUUCUCGGCCAUGCCUCCUCUGGAGGCCAUGCGGUCGCUGGUCUCGCUGAUGGUCACGUGGACGCGGGAACCACCGCUCCACAUUCAGGAGUCGCUUCGCAAGAAGGGCAGGAAGCCGGGCAACUUCAAGAUCGGCUUCUUCGACAUCAGCAGGGCGCACUUCUACGGGAAGGCGCAGCGGAGGAUCUUCGUGGAGCUGGAGGAGGAGAGUCGCAAGGAGUACGGCGAGGACAAGUGCGGCCUACUCCUCAAGUCCUGGUACGGCACGCAGGACGCCAGCAAGAUCUGGCAGGGCGACUACACGGAGCUGCUGGAGGAAAACGGCUACAAGGCGGGCGUGUCGUGCCCAGCGGUCUUCUACAAGGAGGUGGACGAGACGAGGCUGCUGGGGCACGGCGACGACUUCGCGGUGCUGGCUCAGCAGCAGGACAUCGACAGCUUCGAGGCCACGCUGGGCAAGAAGUACGAGUUCAAGAAGACUGCGAACCUAGGCUUCGACGAGGGCGAUGACAAGCAGGCGGUCUUCCUGAAUCGGGUCAUCGAGGUCAGUGCGGGAGUUCCGCCUGGCGGUGGCCGGCCCUGCCGGCAUGCGAUGAUCGAGCCGGACAAGCGGCACGCGGAGAUCGUGAUCGACGAGUUGGGUCUCAGCAAGGCCAACGGCGUGGACGCGCCGACGGAGAAGCGCAGCGCCGACAAGCAGAUGAUGGAUGCGAAGUCGGCGGCGUUGGGAGCAGCGGAAGCUUCGCGCUUCCGAUCCCUCACCAUGAGGGUGGCCUACCUGUCUCAGGACAGGCUGGACUUGGCUGAGGCAUCGAAGACGCUCGCCAGGUCCAUGCAGACGCCAACGGAGGCGAGCUGGCUCAUGCUCAAGAGGGUUGGCCGCUACCUCAAGCGGCAUCCUAGCACGGUGACGGUUUUCACGGAGCAGAAGACGUUCGACAAGAUCCGGGUGUACGUGGACUCCGAUCAUGCAGGCUGUGCAGUCACGCGGAAAAGCACCGGAGGCUUCGUGGCGAUGCUGGGGCAUCAUGUAGUCAAGCACGGCAGUAACCUGCAGUCGACGGUUUCAUUGAGCAGCGGGGAGAGCGAGUACUACGCCCUGGUGAAGGGCGGGAGCGUGGGCCUAGGCCUUCACAGCCUCUUCGCGGAUUGGGGGCUGGACCUGAAGGUGGAGCUUGCCUCGGAUUCAUCGGCGGCCCGGGGCCACGUCCAACGGCGAGGUCUCGGGAAGAUGCGGCAUGUUCAAUCACGAUACUUGUGGAUCCAGGAGCGUGUUGGCAAGGGCGAUCUCUCGAUCGCUGCAGUUCCUGGCAAGAACAAUGUCGCGGACGUGCUGACCAAGAGCGUGGGUGGCUCCCUGUUGAGGAGACACAUGGCCACGCUGAACAUCUGGGAUCGGGCACCGAGUUCGAAUCAGAAGGACAUCAAGUGA